AUGAUUAGCCGACUGUCGGGUCCUGUCAUUGAUGCAGAUAUCAUAAACGUGCUUGAUUCAAUAUCGGCUAGAAAAUUCAUUACCCACGGUGGUACAUUAAUCAGUCUGAGCAGGCAACAAUUAUACGAUUGCCUUGACCAUUGGUGUCCGUGCGCUGCCAACGCUACCCGUAAAGACCUCAACUCGUACGCCGUGUUUGCAUAUCUAAUGAAUGGCACCCAAUUUGACUCCGAGGUGUCCUACCCCUCCACCGGUCAGUGCACUCAUAAGUGUAGUAAAAAUGCGACAGUAGUGGCGGCACUGGGAGGUUGGGCCAACACAGGUCAUGGGGACCAGGAGGACGUGUUGAGCACGUUCUUAUGGAAUGGACCCGCAGUGGUAGAUGUGAAUGCUAAUACAGCGGCAUGGCAGACUUACACUGGUGGUAUAUUAGAUGAUGCUCACUGCUCAAAUAAAAUGGAUGACCUGGAUCAUUCGUUAUUAUUAGUGGGCUAUGGCACGGAAAAUGGUACCGACUAUUGGAUCGCUAGGAAUACUUGGGGCCCAAAUUGGGGUGAGCAAGGUUAUGUGCGGAUCAUUCAGAAUAAGAAUAUGUGCGGAAUUGGUAACCGAGUGGCACAACCAGUUUUAGCUGGUUAG